AUGGUGUCUUCUGGACUGUUGAGGAUCCUGGUGAUAGCCGUCCUUCUGAUGCAUGUCCAAGGAUUUAAUCUGAUUGACUUGAUCUCUCCCAGGAGAUGCCCCAGAAUCCGAGAGAAAUGUGACCUCAAAGAAAGGGAUAUGUGUACAAAGGACAAAAACUGUCCGGACAAGAAGAAGUGCUGUAUCUUCAACUGUGGAAAAAAAUGUUUAGACCUCCAUCAAGACAUAUGCAAUUUGCCAAAAGAUCCUGGUCUCUGCAUGGCUUAUUUUCGUCGGUGGUGGUAUGAUAAGAAAAACGAUACCUGUUACAGCUUCAUCUAUGGUGGCUGCCAAGGAAACAAUAACAACUUCCAAACCAAAGACCUGUGUCAGAGCAUGUGUUCCAAAACAAGCCAACAGAAUCAGCAUCAGAAUGUCUCCCCAGAAGUUUGCAAACUUCCUAUAGAAAGGGGCCCUUGUCGAGCCAAACUCCAGCGAUGGUUUUACAACGUGAAAACUCAUCAAUGUGAGAUAUUUUAUUAUGGAGGCUGUCAGGGCAAUGGGAACAACUUUCUGAAGAAAAACAUAUGUAAGAAAGUCUGCCGGAAUGUCUGA